ACGAGGAAUUGAAAAAGAUACCCCCUUCAUUCACUUAACCACCAAAUUACGAAGCCAAUAACAUAUAUAUAUUUUUUAAUUUCUUCGUAUUGAAGAUUCGGCUGGAUUAAAAUUAUUUUCUUUGAAAUAUCUGAAAAGCGUGGAGUUUUUUUGGUGUUCCGAUCCGUUGCGAUCGAAGGAAGUGUAAGGAGUGGAGAUGUCAGGAUGGAGGGGAUCUAGAUUAGGGGGUGGUGGUGGAGGAGUAGGCGGCGGCGGGUCGCCGACGGCGGACCGCAUCCCGUCUUCUCGAACGGUCCGUCUAGGGAAGGUCCAGCCACAGGCACCGGGUCAUAGAACCGUGUUUUGUAAUGAUCGUGAAGCUAACGCCCUCACCAAAUUCAAGGGCAAUUCCGUGUCAACAACAAAGUACGACGUGUUUACAUUUUUACCAAAGGGGUUAUUUGAACAGUUCAGGCGUGUGGCUAAUCUCUACUUUCUUAUGAUCUCAAUCUUGUCAUGCACUCCAGUGAGUCCUGUAAGUCCAAUAACAAAUGUGCUUCCUCUGUCCCUGGUGCUUCUUGUAUCUCUCGUUAAGGAAGCAUGGGAAGACUGGAAGCGUUUUCAAAAUGACAUGGCGAUCAAUAAUUCUAUUGUAGACGUGUUUCAAGAUCAGAAGUGGGUAUGUAUUCCCUGGAAGAAGCUGCAGGUUGGAGACAUUAUCAGAGUAAAGCAGGAUGGAUUCUUUCCGGCUGAUCUACUAUUCCUUGCUAGCACAAAUAUGGAUGGUGUUUGCUACAUAGAGACUGCAAAUCUGGAUGGUGAAACAAACUUGAAGAUUAGAAAAGCAUUGGAAAAGACUUGGGAUUAUUUGACACCAGAGAAAAUAUCUGAAUUUAAAGGAGAAGUACAAUGUGAGCAACCAAAUAACUCGCUGUACACCUUUACUGGCAACUUGAUAAUUCAAAAGCAGACCUUGCCUCUGAGUCCAAAUCAACUUCUAUUACGGGGAUGCACUCUCAGGAACACUGAGCAUAUCGUUGGAGUUGUCAUUUUCACAGGGCAUGAAACUAAGGUUAUGAUGAAUUCAAUGAAAAUUCCAUCCAAGAGAAGUACCUUGGAGAAGAAACUUGACAAGCUUAUAUUAAUUCUGUUUAGUGUUCUCUUCUGCAUGUGUCUGUUGGGUGCCAUAGGAAGUGGAAUAUUCAUAAAUCGGAAGUACUACUACUUGAGGUUUGACAACUCGGAGAAACAGUUCGAUCCUGACAAUAGAUUUGUGGUUGCUGUUUUGACUAUGUUUACCCUGAUUACUCUCUAUUCACCAAUCAUCCCCAUCUCUCUUUAUGUUUCUGUUGAGAUGAUUAAAUUCAUUCAGUCAACUCAAUUUAUAAACAAUGACCUGUGCAUGUACCAUGCCGAGAGCAAUACACCCGCAUUGGCACGGACAUCUAAUUUAAACGAGGAACUUGGGCAGGUUGAGUACAUAUUUUCUGAUAAAACUGGAACACUGACCAGAAAUUUGAUGGAAUUUUUUAAAUGUUCAAUUGGAGGGGAGGUAUAUGGCACUGGUGUCAGCGAAAUAGAGAUGGGAACAGCACAGAGGAGCGGAGCAAAAAUGGAGGUUCAGAAGGAAACGAAUGCAGCACGUGAAAAAGGUUUCAAUUUUGAUGAUGCACGGCUUAUGCGGGGUGCUUGGAGGAAUGAACCUAAUCCUGAUUUUUGCAAGGAAUUCUUCAGGUGCCUUGCAAUAUGUCAUACUGUACUUCCUGAAGGUGAUGAUUCUCCUGAAAAAAUUAGAUAUCAAGCUGCAUCUCCUGAUGAAGCUGCGUUGGUUACAGCAGCGAAGAACUUUGGCUUCUUUUUCUACAAGCGUUCUCCAACAACGAUACAUGUUCGUGAGUCACAUGUUGAGAAAAUGGGAAAGGUUCAGGAUGUUCCAUAUGAGAUUCUGAACGUCCUUGAGUUCAACAGUACAAGGAAGCGUCAGUCUGUUGUGUGUCGCUAUCCAGAUGGUAGACUUGUCCUUUACUGCAAGGGUGCAGAUACGGUAAUCUAUGAAAGGUUGGCUGAUUCAGAAAAUGAUUUGAAAAGGACUACUAGAGAUCACUUAGAACAAUUUGGAGCUGCUGGAUUGCGUACUCUUUGCUUGGCUUAUAGAGAUUUAAGUUCUGAUUCAUAUGAAAAUUGGAACGAGAAAUACAUUCAGGCAAAAUCGUCAUUACGAGAUAGGGAGAAGAAGUUGGAUGAGGUUGCGGAGCUCAUUGAGAAGGACCUUGUUUUGAUUGGAUGUACUGCUAUAGAAGAUAAACUUCAGGAGGGAGUACCUGCUUGUAUAGAGACCCUCUCUCGAGCUGGAAUUAAGAUUUGGGUGCUAACUGGGGACAAGCUGGAAACAGCAAUAAAUAUAGCCUAUGCAUGCAAGUUGAUUAAUAACAACAUGAAGCAAUUCAUAAUCAGCUCAGAAACUGAUGCUAUUAGAGAAGUCGAAGACAGGGGCGAUCAAGUGGAGCUUGCCCGAUUUAUGAAAGACACUGUGAAGGAUGAGCUGAAAAGGUGUUACGAGGAGGCAAAACAGUAUCUUCGUUCUGCUUCUGGACCAAAGUUGGCACUUGUGAUUGAUGGGAAGUGUUUGAUGUAUGCAUUGGACCCCACUCUACGUGUAAUGCUGCUGAACAUGAGCUUGAAUUGCAGUUCAGUAGUUUGCUGUCGAGUUUCUCCUCUACAGAAGGCACAGGUAGGGUUAUUGAAUUGCUUUUUGUUGGAUUUUAUGCGCAAUAUUAAAGAGAUGAAAAACGGAAAUCAACAUAAGAAUUUUACGUGGCUCGGCGAUGUGCCUACGUCCACGAGAGCGAAGCGGAGAUUUCUUUAUUCUGUUGUGCAAAAUAGGGUUACAACAUAUUAUUUAUUAGAGAUGUUAAUCAAGUUCAAGCAAUGCUUGAACUUAUCCAUUGUGAUUGGCUUUGUCAUCAUGUCUGCUGCAUUUUCUGAGUACAGCUUCAUUCCAUCUUGCUUGAUUCCAAGUUCCCUGACAAGCCCUUUCAACCACAAUAAUUCUUUGGCUGCCUCAGUUGCCGCCAUGUAUUCUGCUUCAGUUGUAGAUACUCUACUUCAGUUCUGCACUGGCAUAAGUGGUCAAAGGUUUUAUGAUGAUUGGUUUCAGUCCCUGUUCAAUGUUAUUUUCACUGCACUGCCUGUAAUCAUUAUUGGACUUUUUGACAAGGAUGUUAAUGCAUCUCUUUCCAAGAAAUACCCUGAAUUGUACAAGGAAGGAAUAAGAGAUACGUUUUUCAAGUGGAGAGUUGUUGCAACUUGGGCUUUUUUUGCAAUUUAUCAAUCACUGGUUCUGUAUUACUUUGUGAUUGCUUCAAGUACGAGUGGCAUGAAUUCAUCUGGCAAGAUGUUUGGGCUGUGGGAUGUCAGUACAAUGGCUUUCACUUGUGUUGUCGUGACUGUCAACUUACGACUCCUAAUGAUGUGCAACACAAUUACUAGAUGGCACCACAUUAGUGUUGGAGGAAGUAUAUUGGCAUGGUUCAUAUUCAUUUUCAUUUACUCUGGUGUUGUGUUGCCAAAAGAGCAGGAGAAUAUCUAUUUCGUCAUUUAUGUCUUGAUGAGUACAUUGUAUUUCUACAUCACUCUUCUUCUUGUUCCUGUUGCUGCACUCUUUUGUGACUUUGUAUACCUUGGGGUUCAAAGGUGGUUCUUCCCUUACGAUUAUCAGAUUGUUCAAGAAAUUCAUAGACACGAGCCUGAUAACAGCAGGGUAGGAUUACUUGAAAUUGGAAACAAUGACCUUUCCCCAGAUGAGGCACGGAGCUUUGCUAUAAUGCAACUCCCGGGACAGAAAUCGAAGCACACUGGUUUCGCUUUUGAUUCACCUGGCUAUGAGUCCUUUUUUGCGUCUCAAGCAGGCGUUUAUGUACCCCAAAAGGCAUGGGAUGUGGCUCGGAGAGCCAGUAUGAGGACACGGCCUAAGAUACCUUCUAAGAAUUGACCUAUAAGCCACAUGUACAAAAUUCUUCCUUAUGUUUCUUUUCUGCCAUAUAUACUUUUGUAGAUAAAGAUGUAACAUCCUCCCAAUAUAGCAUUCCUUUUUUUAAGACUUUCUUUUUGGCCUUUUCUUGCGGAUAGACCACCUUAGAUAUUGUGGUCAGUAGGGUUAAAUGUUUUUAUAUUUUUAAAGAAAUAUUAAUAUUUUUAAUUUUGGUUGAUGAGUAUAUAGAUGUGAAAGAACAAUAUCAUGGUUGUACUAGAAUAUAAUUGAAACUGAUACGAGACAUUCUUUUAUCGGGUAAAUUGUUGGGGUUUAAUUUGUA